AUGAAUCAAUCUCUGAUAGCGGUCCUUGGACUGCUUGCACUGUCCAUCGUCUACUUCUUCGUUGUGUGUUUCCUUUCUAACCGCUACCAUGCUCGAAAAGCAAGGGAAUUAGGAUGCCAACCACCUAAUCAACGACCUCAUCGCCUGCCGUUCGGCAUCGACCUCACCUGGCAAAUGAUCCAGGCUGACAGGGACCAAGUGGUUCCCGAUAUGUUCUUAGACGUCUAUCGAGAGGUCAGAAAGCCAACAUGGAUCCAAAACCUUCUUGGGACCAUGACUUUCACAACCUGCGACCCCAAGAACAUCCAGGCGCUUCUCGCAACACAGUUCCAUGACUUCGAGAUCGGGGAACUGCGCCGCGGCAACUUCUUCCCCAUGCUAGGGAACGGCAUCUUCACUGUUGACGGUAAAGCAUGGGAACAUUCUCGCGCCCUUCUUCGUCCUCAAUUCGCCCGUCAGCAGGUGGCGGACUUACAGCUUGAAGAAGAACAUGUCCAAGAUAUGUUCAAGCAUCUCACCACCAAGAAUGGUUGGACCGACCAAGUCGACUUAGUCCCUCUAUUCUUCCGUCUGACACUUGACUCUGCCACUGAAUUCCUCUUCGGCCAGAGUGUCAACUCCCAGAUUGCCACCUUGCCGGGCUAUACCAAGGAGUCCAAGCAACCUGGAGAGUUGGACUGGACGUCUUUUGCGCAUUGCUUUGACGGGGCGACCAUGUCGCUCGGUGCACGAGGUCGCCUGGGUGAGUUGUAUUGGCUACACUCUCCCAAGCACUUUCACGACAACUGCAAAGAAGUCCACAGAUUUGCUGACUACUACGUUAACCUGGCCUUGACCACUGACCAGCCUUCUUUGAACGGGCAUAACUUAGAAAAAGAUCAGAAGAAGGAAAAGUACGUUUUCUUGCAAGGACUUGUUCAAGCCACAAGAGAUCCGGUGGAAUUGAGAAGUCAGCUUCUGAACAUCCUCUUGGCUGGUCGUGACACUACAGCUGGUCUGCUUGGAUGGACAUUCUACCUUCUGGUCCGACACCCAGAAGUCUUCCAGAGACUCCGUGAAACCAUCCUCGAGGAAUUUGGCACAUUUAAUGACCCCAAGGCUAUUACUUUUGAAUCUCUCAAGGCGUGCACCUACCUUCAACACACUAUGUCCGAAGUCCUACGAAUGUACACCACGGUUCCUAUCAACAGCCGCCGGGCAGUGAGAGAUACGACAUUGCCUCGUGGCGGAGGUCCAGAUGGAACCGCCCCGCUGUAUGUGAGAAAGGGACAGGAAGUGAACUAUGUGGUUCACAUCAUGCAUCACCGGGAAGAUAUAUGGGGAGCCGACGCUGAUGAGUUCAAUCCUGAUAGAUGGGUCGGUCGCAAAGCAGGAUGGGAAUUCUUGCCUUUCAACGGAGGACCGCGAAUCUGCCUGGGACAACAAUUUGCAUUGACUGAGGCAGGCUACGUGAUUGUGCGCAUGCUCCAGAAGUUUGAUAUAAUCGAGACUUUCGAAACGGAUCCUGUCGCGCGACAUCAAUACAGUGUGACAACUGCACCUGCCCGAGUGCCCGUUCGCUUGCACGAAGCAACGGUGAAUUGA